AUGCCAUCCACAUAUAAAAAAGAUAAGCCGUGGGAUACAGAUGAUAUCGACAAGUGGAAGAUCGAAGAAUUCAAAAGCACAGACAAUGCUGGUGGCACUUUCGCAGAAGAGUCCUCAUUCGCUACCCUCUUUCCCAAAUACCGAGAAAUAUAUCUCAAGCAAUCAUGGUCGAUGAUCACAAAGAGCCUAGAGAAGCAUGGUAUCGCCUGCACACUAGACUUGGUGGAGGGAAGCAUGACUGUUAAAACUACUCGAAAGACAUGGGACCCGGCGGCAAUUUUGAAGGCCCGUGAUCUGAUCAAGUUGCUCUCUCGAAGUGUGCCUGCCCCUCAAGCUGUCAAGAUCCUCGAGGAUGAAAUGGCUUGCGACAUCAUUAAAAUUCGCAACCUGGUGCGGAACAAGGAGCGUUUUGUCAAACGGCGGCAGCGCAUUCUAGGCCCCUCGGGUUCGACUCUUAAAGCUCUGGAGCUUCUUACGAAUACGUACAUUCUCGUGCAGGGAAAUACUGUCAGUUCUAUGGGUGGUUACAAGGGGUUGAAAGAAGUGCGGAGGGUCGUGGAAGACUGCAUGGCCAACAUACAUCCAAUUUAUCACAUUAAAGAGCUGAUGAUCAAGAGAGAGCUUGCGAAAGAUCCCGAGCUCGUCAACGAGAACUGGGAACGAUUUUUGCCACACUUCAAGCGAAGGACUCUGAACAAGCGUCGCAGGCCAUUCAAGAUCACGGACAAAUCCAAGAAGGUGUACACUCCCUUUCCACCACCACAAGAGAAGAGCAAGGUUGAUCUUCAGAUUGAAAGCGGAGAGUAUUUUCUUGGGAAACAUGCGAAAGACAGAGCGAGGAAGGAGGAACGACUGGAGAAGCAGAAGGAGAAAAGAGAGGAGAAGCAGAAGCAGCGUGAACAGGCUUUCAUCCCACCAAUAGAGGGCGGUGCAGGGAAAAGGAAGAGGAAGAGGAAACAGGAUGAUGGGGAAGAGCCCAGCGUGAUAGAAAAGAAACCAAAGAAGGACAAGAUGCCGACCUGA